AUGUCAGGACUUCGCCAAUACUCAGAUCUGCCACUGUCGUCUAUUGUUUUCGCCAGCGGGCUGCUGGGGCUGUGCCAUUGCACCCCAACCGCCGCCCCCAGCAUACCGUGCGUGUGUUCUCCCACGCCAGACCCUGGCGGCGUCGCUACAUUCUGCGCAUUCUCCACUCGCCUUAAAUUCACGCUGGCUUCCCCAUCGUCCUUUUCUGCUUCUGUUGGUCAACGCCGACGGCGUUCCUCUGCGGCCAGACAGCCGCCUAAUCUUAAUCUCCCAGAAGUCGCCGAGGCUCGAGGCCGGCUAGGCACGACCAGCGGUCUCUCAGGGCGCUCCCUCGGUGACGCCCUGCCUACCAUACCUGGCACACCUGGUGUCUCCAGCAUGUCGAGAACGUCGUCACCACAGCCUGGAGGCUGGUCAAGUCCAGGUCUAAACACGCCGUACGAUACAGGCGGACGCCGCAGCCCGUUUGCCAAUGGCUCCUCCACACACAACGUUACGUGGGCCUCGGCGCAGGCACGGAGCGCCGAAGUGAAGGGAUACAAUGGCUUCAAUCCUCGUGGACAGGGCUUUCUUAGCAGGCACUUUCGGAGCCUAUCUGCGAGCCUUCCCUUCAACAAUGGAGACAAGGAGAAUCUUAGUCGUGGCCGAUUUCAGAAUAAUCGAGUUGUACAAAUACUGAAUCGCAUCGGAAAGAAUAUUUGGCGCCUAAGACGAUCGGUCGGAGUGCUGUUACUCGUCCUGCUGAGCGUUGUCCUUUUCUAUGUCUCACCACUACAUCGGUUAUACAGGCGAUCCGCCUUGUUGGGCGGCGGCAGCAAAUUUGUUGUGAUUCUCGCUGCAAACCAGGGAGGAGGUGUAAUGGAAUGGAAAGGCCCUCGAGAAUGGGCAAUCGAGCGAGACAGUGUGAAGAACAAGAAGAAGUACACACAGAAGUGGGGCUACGACCUUGAGAUUGUCGACAUGAGCACCAAGAAGCGUUAUGCUCACGAGUGGAGAGAGAGCUGGGAGAAGGUGGACACGAUCCGGAAUGCGAUGCGCAAAUACCCGCACGCCGAAUGGUUCUGGUGGCUCGACACCAACACUUUCAUCAUGGAGCCCUCGUAUUCUCUCCAGAAGCACAUUUUCAAACGCCUUCCCGAAAUCACCUAUCGCGACAUCAACGUCUACAACCCACUGAACAUCACCCACCCUCUGACGGACGAGUAUCUGGACCCCGAAACACGAUCACCGGUCGGCGAUGGCAAAGUGGAUUCGAUCAACAUGCUGAUUCCUCAGGACUGCGGUGGUUUCAACCUGGGAUCGUUCAUGGUGCGGAGAAGUGUAUGGACUGACAGACUAUUGGAUAUCUGGUGGGAUCCCGUUGGUUACGAGCAAAAGCAUAUGGAGUGGGAACACAAGGAGCAGGAUGCGUUUGAGUACAUGUACCAGAACCAGCCAUGGAUUCGUCCGCACGUUGCCUUUAUUCACCAACGCGAGAUUAUGAGCUUUCCGCCUGGGGCCUGUGGAGACGAAGGCAAUGAUCCCAACAUUCACUACCAGGAAAAGGACCGCGACUUCAUGGUCAACAUGGCAGGCUGUGAGUGGGGCCGUGAUUGUUGGGCGGAGAUGUAUAAAUACCGCCAGCUCAGCAAUCACUUGAACAGGACGCCGUGGGAAAAGUUCAAGGAUGGGAUCAGCGAUUUCUUCAAGAGUAAGAAGGAGGAGAAGAAGGAGGAGAAGAAGGAGGAGAAGAAGGAGGAGAAGAAGAAGGAGGAAAACAAGGGAUGA